AUGGGAGAUGCCACGCUGGCUGCCGCUCCUUCCGCCAGUGAUUCACAACCUAACCUUCCUGUAAAUGCACGAAAUGAUACUGUGCCAGAAGAUCGCCCAUUAGGCUUCAAGUGUGCGAAUCAAUAUCAGGGCCAGGGCAGGCAUAUCAGAAUUAUCAUCGUCGGGGCAGGGAUCAGUGGGAUUGCCGCCGUCAAAAUCUUUAAGGAGACUUUCGCAGAUGCAUCGGUAGAGCUGGCGAUCUACGAGAAGAACCAUGACGUGACCGGAACCUGGCUGGAGAAUCGAUAUCCGGGAUGCGCUUGUGAUGUGCCAGCACAUGCCUACACCUUCAGUUGGGAAGGGAAUCCGCAGUGGUCGCGCGCAUACGUAGGCAGCUUGGAGCUCUAUGAGUACUUCAAAGGCCGUGCCGUGGCAUAUGGUGUCGACAAGUUCGUCAGACUCAACAGUUUGGUGAAGGAGGCUGUCUGGAAUGAAAUCAGUGGCAAGUGGGAACUGAAGAUCGAAGACUUGGUAUUGGGAACCACCUUCUCUGAUGAAGCUGAGGUUUUGAUCAAUGCUGCUGGAUUUCUCAACAAAUGGAAAAUGCCCGACAUCCCUGGUCUAUGCGAUUUCAAAGGGAAACUGAUCCAUUCUGCACAAUGGGAUGAGAAGUAUCCCCUCGAGGACAAAGUUAUCGGCAUCAUCGGUUCAGGGUCUUCUGCCAUCCAGAUAAUCCUCCAAAUCCAACCAAAGGUCAAGCAUAUGACAUCUUUCAUCCGGUCCUCUACGUGGAUUACACCCGAGUUUGCCGCUGAAUUUGCUCCCGAAGGGCGCACGGCUUUCUUUUCCGAACGGCAGAAGGACGAAUGGACUCACAAUAAAGACGAGUUCUUGGCAUAUCGAAAGAAAGUCGAAUCGACAAUGAACAAGUUCUUCGACAUGCAAUUCAAGGACUCGAUUCUCCAGAAAGAUGCCUAUGAAAAUUUCCGCAAGACCAUGCGAGAACGAAUGUCGAGAAAGCCCGAGAUCGCUGAUAUUCUAAAAUUGACAUGUUUGAUACAAAAUAGUCCUAACUUUGCUGUUGGCUGCCGAAGGGUAACACCUGGCCACGGCUACCUUGAAGCACUUACAGAAGACAACGUCACUGUCCGCAGCGACGGAAUCGUCUGUGUUACUGAAGACGGUGUUCGAAUGGGCAAGGGCGAUAGCAUCAGGCUGGAUGUCCUGAUUUGUGCUACCGGCUUCGACACAAGUUUUCGACCACCAUUUCCUCUAAUUGGGAGAGAAGGCCGCGAUCUCCGCGACGAGUGGAAGGUCGAACCGAGAUCAUACUGCUCUAUUGCUGCUCCCAACAUGCCUAAUUAUUUUAUUAUAAGCGGACCUAAUUUCCCCCUGGCGAACGGGUGCCUGAUCCCCUGUCUCGAGACAAACAUCAAGUACGCCUUCGCAGCCGUACAAAAACUGCAACACGACUCCAUCAAGGCCCUGGUACCAAGCCUGCAAGCAAUAGACGAUUUCCAGGAGUUCAAGGACGCGCUCAUGGAAGACCUGGUGUGGACUGACCAUUGUGUUUCUUGA